UGCAGCUUGGCGCGGGCAUUUGGAUAUCAAUACAACCUUCUCUAAGUGGCGUGAAAGCGACCUACAUGUUAUUAUUUCUAACAAGAAUCGGUUAUUGCCGUAUUAUCACAGUUAUCAUAAAAUCAGAGUUGAUCGGUUUAUGGAUGAUGGUUGAUUAAUGUAAAACGAGGGUUAAUACAUCGAUAAGAUGGAAGAUAUGGAGGUGGAAGCGCAUUUUGGAGCUGCAAGUCCAGUUGGUUCUGUUGGUCUUGAAGUUCCCAUUAUCAUCCCCGACUCUGGGAGUAGUACAGAAGUGGAAGAGGAUGAAGAGGCUAAUGGAAGACCUGAAAGACAAAGCACCGCUCCGAUUAACAGGCCACGGGUCAUAGCAACUCAAAUUGUCAGGAGAAGGAGGGCUAGAGCAGGGCUUCGGUUCCAGUACUCCACACAGACUACACAUUUGAACAGAGGCCCUUUGGACUUUUUACUUAGGGUGUCAGCAGGAAGUGACACAGACCCCCUCUCGGGUAGCACAGAUGAAGUUAGCGAUUCUGAGGAGGAAAGACACAAUAGAGGGACCUCAGGUUCGAUACCUGUGCCAGAUGUUUCAGCAAUAUUAAACUCCAGCCAGCCUACUCCUGUUCAACAGUCCAGUGCAUCAGUGCCUGCUGUUUCUGCUGAAGCCGAGAGAGCCGAACCACAAGUACAGCCUGAGGUUGAGCCUGUUGUGGCACCCUCAGAAGUCAAUAAAAGCGCUUCUCUCUCGACUGCUGGAGCUGAGAAUGAAGAAGGAGAGGGAGAGACCUGCUCUAUAUGUUUCGAACCUUGGACCACAUCUGGUGAACACCGACUGGCCACGUUGCGUUGUGGCCACUUGUUUGGCUUCACCUGUAUUGACCGCUGGCUGAAGGGCCAAGGAGCAAAAUGCCCACAGUGUAAUAAGAAAGCCAAGCGAGCUGAUAUAGUCCUGUUGUAUGCACAUAAACUCAGAGCAGUGGACAAUACAGAGCAGGAGAGUUUAAAGAGAUCUUUGGAGCAGGAGCAGAGUUUGCGGAGGAAAGCAGAGCUGGAAGCUGCUCAGUGUCGUCUUCAGUUACAGGUUGUAACAGACGAAUGUGGGAAACUCCGCAAAGAGGUUCAGGAGUUAAGGAGGUUAAUGGCACAGACUCCUUCCAGCUCAACUCAGUCUCAGUCCUCUAUACUGUCUUUAUCUCAGAGACUCGAAUCCUCAAGCAGGGGAAGUUUUGUUUUCUCCAAGGCUGUCCUUGUUUCUCAGGCUGGUGGGUGUCGUGUCAUGUCAUACUGUGAGCCGCUCAGUUGCCUUUUGGCUUCUCAACCCUCUCCUCAUGCCUCGCUGGUCCCUGGCUUUGGGGUGAAAAAAAUCAGCACUGUGAAUCUGAAAGCCAGCCAUUAUGUUCCCAUCCACAUUAAACAGAUCAGGGGCCUUGCCUUCAACAGACAACAAGAUGGCCUACUGCUUUCUGCUGCCUUUGAUAAUACGAUCAAACUCACCAGCUUGUUUACCAACACUGUGGUACAGGCCUACAACACUGGCAAACCCGUGUGGAGCUGCUGUUGGUGUCACGACAACAACAACUACAUUUAUGCCGGUUUGAGCAACGGAUCAGUGCGGGUGUAUGACACAAGGGACACAAGCACUCAUGUGCAGGAGCUGGCACCUUUACGUUCCAGUUGUCCAGUGGUAUCCCUGUCCUACCUCCCCCGUGCUGCCUCCAGUGUGUUUCCCUCUGGGGGCAUCAUUGCUGGUUCCCUUGAAGGAGGUUGUUUCUGGGAGCAGGUGGAUGGAACCAAUUAUCGCCAGCACAUGCUGCCUUUAGAGUCUGGAGGCUGCACAGACAUUCAGGUGGAACCUGAAAGCAGACAUUGUCUGGUCACCUACAGACCAGGUCGCACCAACCCAUCUUUGCGAUGUGUUCUGAUGGAGCUUAACCGAAGUCCUCAUCAGGAUGCUGCCCAGGCUCCUGUCUGCUCCUGUUCUCCCGUCCAGACUUUUACUGCUGGUUCAUCGUCCAAGUUGCUCACCAAAAACGCAGUGUUUAAAAGUCCUGCUAAAAAUUCCACUCUGGUGUGUGCAGGAGAUGAGGGCUCUAAUUCUACCAUGGUGUGGGAUGCUAGUAGUGGAGCCUUGCUUCAGAAACUUCCUGCAGACCUACCAGUAAUGGACAUCUGCCCUUUUGAGACAAACCAAGAACACUACCUGGCUUCUCUAACAGAGAAGAUUAUUAAGAUCUAUAAAUGGGAACAGAGUGGCUUAGAUAGAGCGAGUUUUUGAUUGCAGCUUCUGUGGUGGUUGCUGGACCUUGUGAGGACCCUGUGGUCUAAUUUUACUUGUCAUGACAUUUGACUGAAAUCAGGUGAAUGUCUUCAAAGCAUAUUUUUUAUGAUGAAAGGAUUAUAAAGGCAGGGCAUGCAAGUUACUGUAUUCAAUUUUCAUACCCAGAAAAUACCCUGUGUAAUAUUUUCCAUUAAUUAUCAACUUUUGCUUUGAGUUCAUAAACAGUUUAUAAAAAGCAUCACUCAGUCAUAUGACAUUAUUGCACUUUGAAAAUACAUAAAAAAAAUAUCGUCUUUCAAGUGUUGUUUUUAGUUCCAUACUCUUGUCACAUUGGUCCCGUUUCAACAUGAUGCAUCAUUUAAAAAUACGACAAAAAGAAAUGCCUCUUAUUUUCCUGUGUCUGUGAAUAUGUGGUGAAUAUAUGUAAAUCUGUUUUUGUUUUUUUUUGUUUGUUUGUUUGUUUUAAACUGUUCUCUAAUUGUACUUCUUAAUAAAUAUAUAACAUUUUAUUGCAGUUUAAUUUUUAUUUCUAUUUAUGGCAUUUCUUUUCUUCAUCAACUAAAAACAAUUAGUAUUGUGUAUUUUGCUUUUUUCAGGCAAAUAAUCUUUAACCAAACAUCUCAAACCUGGUCAAGUAAACCUGGUAAGGUUUGUAUAGUAGAAGGUAGGAAAAGGUUUCAGGAAGGAGUUUGUGUUCUAUUGAAAUGAAAUAUUUUCUACUUUACAGAAUUUGCAAUAUGUAAAAUAUGAUUGGGAUUGACUUGGUCCAAUCUGUAGAGAAGGUGAGGGGCGAUCUUGGUGUGAUGUAGUCUACAUGCAUGCCCCCAACACUAAAUAUAGGAAUCAUAAUUCUGUAUACUGUUUUGACUCCUGGAAGAGUUUUUUUCACAGAGUGUGAUUACCAAAAACAUUGAAAUGGGAAAAUAAAAAUUGUGUGUAUAUGUUAA